UGAGGGUAUAUCUUGUUAUAUGGGCCCACCGCUCCGGACCGGAACCGCCAGCCGCACCGGCGCACGUGACCUGCCCACUUCCACCCAGCGAGAAUCAGUCAUAGCCAAUUUUUCAACCACUCUUCCACACCCAGCAUGUCUUCUGUCCAGAAAGUCCCCAUCUUGGGCUCCGAAACCAUCCAUGUGGGUUACGGCAUCCAGAACCACAUUGUGCAGGAAGUCAUCGCCACCAAGGCGUCUUCCACCUAUGUGAUUAUCACCGAUACAAACAUGGCCAGAACCGAGCCGUUCAAGAAGUUGCUUGCAGACUUCAACACCAAAUUGGGCGUCUCCAGGCCUGAUUCGAGGUUGCUUACCUAUUACGUGGCUCCUGGAGAAGAAAGCAAGAGUCGUGAGACAAAAGCGGCUGUGGAAGACUUCUUGUUGCAGAAAGGAUGUACCAGAGAUACUGUCAUUUUGGCGGUAGGAGGAGGUGUUAUUGGCGAUAUGAUCGGAUUCGUGGCUGCCACUUUCAUGAGAGGCGUCAGAGUCAUCCAGGUACCCACCAGUUUGUUGGCUAUGGUCGAUUCGUCGGUAGGCGGCAAAACUGCCAUCGACACUCCAUUGGGCAAGAACUUCAUAGGUGCGUUCCACCAGCCAGACUACGUAUUCGUGGACGUCUCGUUCUUGGAGACUUUGCCUGCCAGACAGUUCAUCAACGGAAUGGCGGAGGUCAUCAAGACAGCAGCCAUCUGGAACGAGGAAGAGUUCUCGCGCUUGGAGCGGUUCUCCAAGCAGUUCCUUGCAGUGGUCACUGCGCCUAAUCCCGACAUCAGAUCUAUUAAGGACGACCUCGUCAAGACGGUGUUGGAGUCCAUCCGUGUCAAGGCUUCCGUGGUGUCGUCGGACGAAAAGGAGUCAGGUUUGAGAAACUUGCUCAACUUUGGCCACACCAUCGGACACGCCAUCGAAGCCGUAGUCACCCCAGAAGCGCUCCACGGAGAGUGCGUGGCUGUCGGAAUGAUCAAGGAGGCUGAGUUGGCCAGAUAUCUCGGAAUUUUGUCUCCAGUAGCUGUGGCCAGAAUCGCCAAGUGUCUCGUCGCCUACGGUUUACCAACGUCCAUCGACGACAAGGACUUCUUGAAGAAAAUCGGGUUCAAGCGCCACCACAUCGUUAUCGACACCUUGUUGCAGAAAAUGGCCAUUGACAAGAAGAACGACGGAAGUAAAAUCAAGUGCGUGUUGUUGGAGUCCAUAGGCAGGUGCUACCAGUUGAAGGCCCACCAGGUGUCCAAGCGUGACUUGGGCUUCGUGUUGACCGACGAGGUACUUGUGCACGAGUUCAGCAAGGACGCUACUCCUGCCACCAACGUGGUGAUCCCACCAGGAUCCAAGUCCAUCUCAAACAGAGCGUUGAUCAUGGCAGCCUUGGGUUCCGGAACAGUCAGAAUCAAAAACUUGCUCCACUCGGAUGACACCAAGCACAUGUUGGACGCUGUUUCCUUGUUGAAGGGAGCAGAAAUCUCCACUGAAGACAACGGUGCCACUAUUGUGUUGAAGGGCAAUGGUGGAAAGAUGGUCACUUGCGACGACCAGUUGUACUUAGGAAAUGCUGGAACUGCGUCCAGAUUCUUGACCUCUGUGGCCUCGUUGGUGGGUAUUAACUCCCAGUCGUCCAAUCAUGUGAUAUUGACAGGAAAUGCCAGAAUGCAAGAAAGACCAAUUGGUCCCUUGGUGGAUGCCUUGAGAUCCAACGGCUCUUCCAUCGAGUACUUGAAGAAUACUGGCUCUUUGCCAUUGAAGAUCGAGGCUGGCAAGGGUUUAAAGGGUGGAAAGAUCGAAUUAGCUGCCACCAUCUCCUCCCAAUAUGUGUCGUCCAUUUUGAUGUGUGCUCCGUACGCCGACGAAGAGGUCACCUUGUCUUUGGUGGGAGGUAAGCCAAUCUCCCAGCUCUACAUUGACAUGACCAUCGACAUGAUGAAGUCUUUUGGUAUCAACGUCACCAAGUCCACUACCCAAGAAUACACCUACCACAUUCCAAAGGGCGCCUACGUCAACCCUGAAGAGUAUGUUAUCGAAUCGGAUGCUUCCUCUGCCACCUACCCAUUGGCAUUCGCUGCUAUGACUGGUACUUCGUGUACUAUUCCCAACAUUGGAUCGUCCUCGCUUCAAGGUGAUGCCAGGUUUGCCGUGGAUGUGUUGAAACCUAUGGGCUGUAAGGUGGAACAAACCGCAACCUCUACUACCGUGACUGGUCCACCAAGAGGUCAGUUGAAGCCUUUGGCCCACGUCGAUAUGGAGCCUAUGACUGACGCUUUCUUGACCGCUUCUGUGGUAGCAGCCGUGGCUGUUGAUGGUACCCAGAGUACCUCUAUCACCGGUAUUGCCAACCAAAGAGUCAAGGAGUGUAACAGAAUCGCUGCCAUGGUUUCUGAAUUGGCCAAAUUUGGUGUCAAAGCAAACGAGUUACCAGAUGGUAUUGAAAUUCACGGAAUCAAGAUUGAAGAUUUGGUGACUCCUUCCACUGAAAACAGAGGUAUCAAGACCUUUGACGACCACAGAGUCGCCAUGUCGUUCUCGUUGUUGGCGGGCUUGUGUAAAGACCCAGUGUUGAUCCAGGAAAGAUCCUGUACCGGAAAGACCUGGCCAGGAUGGUGGGACACCUUGCACACCAAGUUCAAUGUAACCAUCGAUGGCUAUGAACCAGAAGGUGUUUCGCACACCUCCACUGCCGAGACCAACGAGAACAAGAGUGUCAUCGUGAUCGGUAUGAGAGCUGCCGGAAAGUCCACCUUGUCCAAGUGGAUGGCCUCAUUUUUGGGGUUCAAGUUCUUGGACUUGGAUGAAUUCCUCGAGCAAAAGUUGGGGGUUGAUAUCAGAGAGUUCAUCAAGCAGAAGGGAUGGGAAGAAUUCCGUAAGGAAGAAGCUAUCGUUGCUUCCGAAUGCUUUGCCAAAUACUCCCAAGGCUACGUUCUCUCCACUGGAGGGGGUAUUGUUGAAGGUGAAGAGGCUAGAAAUUCGUUGAAGUCCUACGUCAAGGCUGGAGGUAUUGUGUUACACUUGCACCGUGAUUUGGAUGAAACCGUGCAAUUCUUGUCUGCUGAUACUUCCAGACCGGCCUACGUUAGCGAGAUCAAGGAAGUUUGGAACAGAAGAGAAAAGUGGUACGAUGAAUGUUCCAAUUACUUCUUCUACUCCUCCCAUUGUAACGAUGAAUUGGAGUUCAAGCACUUGAGAAAUUCUUUCACCAACUACAUCAAAACCAUCACCGGUUUAAAGACUGUUGAAAUUCCUACAAAGAGAUCGAACUUCAUCUCUUUGACCUACCCAGACUUAAGCGAGGUUGAAUCCCAAUUGGAAGAAUUGACCUAUGGUUGUGAAGCGGUCGAAUUAAGAAUUGAUUUGUUGAAGGACUUAUCGGAAUCCUACGUUGCCAGCCAGACUGCUGUGUUGAGAAAGUACGUUUCCCUCCCUAUUAUUUACACUGUUAGAACCAAAUCUCAAGGAGGAAAGGUUGAGGAUGAACAGACUGAACAAAUCGAAAAGUUGUUGCACUUAGGUAUCAAGUUAGGUGUCGAAUAUUUGGAUCUUCAGUUGACUUACCCUCAAUCUGUCAUCAACAAUGUGUUGAAGAACAGAAAAUUCACUAGAAUUAUUGCUUCUCAUCACGACGUCUCGGGAUCUUUGAAGUGGGACAACGUUGAGUGGAGAAAUAAGUACUACCAAGCUGUUGACUUGAAGGCCGACAUCGUCAAGCUUGUUGGCUCAGCAUCUACCUUACAAGAUAACUUGUUGUUGGAACAAUUCAGACAUGUCAACCACAUCACUCCGCUUAUUGCCAUUAACAUGGGCGAGCAAGGUAAGUUGUCCAGUGUUUUGAACCCCAUUUUGACUCCUGUCACCCACGAGAAGUUGCCUUUCAAGGCUGCUCCAGGUCAAUUGACCGUCAGUCAAAUCAACAAGGCUUUCGCUGAAAUUGGUGGUUUUGUCAACAAGAAGUUCUGGGUUGUGGGCUCUCCAAUCGAGCACAGUAAGUCUCCAGAUUUACACAACUCGGCUUACGAGAAGUUGAGCCUCCCAUACACUUUUGACAGAUUCGAAUCCGCCAACGCCGACGAGGUCUAUGAGAAAUUAAUCAAGGACAACUCAUUAUUCGGAGGUUUAGCUGUCACCAUGCCCUUGAAACUUGAUAUUAAAAAGUACACUGAUGAGUUAUCUGAAGCUGCCAAGACAAUUGGUGCCGUCAAUACUGUUGUUCCUAUUGAAGGCAAGCCUGGUAAAUUAUUGGGAGACAAUACUGACUGGAUUGGCAUCAACAACUCGUUCACCCGUUUUGGAGUGCCUAGCAUUGAGUAUGCUGACGUCAAUGGAUUAGUCGUUGGUGGUGGUGGAACCUCUCGUGCUGCUGCCUUUGCCUUGCACAAGAUGGGAUGUAAGACUAUUUACAUGAUCAACAGAACUGCGUCGAAAUUGGUGGAGAUUAAGGAGCUGUUACCAGCCAACUUCAACAUCGAAAUUUUGAGCAGUGACUCCGAAUUGGCCCAGGCCAAGCCAAUCUCUUUGAUUGUUUCUUGUAUUCCAGCCAGUGCUCCAAUUGAUGAAGCUCUUUUGACCAAGAUUGAAAAAGUCUUACACAACGGCAUUCAGCAGAAGAAUGGCGGUUUCACUCCUACCUUAUUGGAAGCAGCCUACAAACCAAGUGUGACACCAAUCAUGAAGGUAGCCCAGAAGUUCGAGUGGAACGUAAUUCCUGGUGCUGAGAUGUUGGUGAACCAAGGAGAGAGACAGUUCCAGAUCCACACCGGAUACACUCCACCAUACAAGGUUAUCCACGAGGCUGUUGUGGGUAACUAGAUGUGAUGCCAUGUAAUUAGAAUAAAAAUAAAGUGAUUUAGAGGGAUAUCUGAUUGU